UGAACUAGGAAGGCGAUGGUCUGUUGGUGUGUGUAUAAAAGGGAAAGCCUGUGGCCUUUGGAAGCAUACAAUGAUCAGAAACUGAGAGCGAGAGGAGAGAACCAAGAAGUAGUUAGAGCUCAGUAGGAAACAGUUUUGGAGUCACUUCUCUGACAUAAACUGAUAGAGCAUUUAUAGGUCCAGACGUCCAGUGAAAAAACAGAGUAAGAAACACAUCUUCUUUCAGAAUGCCGAUGGAACAAGUCUUCCAGCACUACGACAAAGACACCCUAAAGAUGGCCAUGCUGAAGCAUGAAGAGACUUUCAGACAGCAGGUUCAUGAGCUCCAUCGUCUGUACAGAAUUCAGAAACUUCUGAUGAGAGACCUGAAGAGGGAGCUCAGGAGCCAAAGCAAACUGUCAACCUCCCCAAACGGGUUCGCCGAGUACAGCAGGGCCGCGCUGGACGCCAUGCGCUCCUACCAGCAAUGCUACGGCGCGGCCGCUCGCGGCGACGGCGCCGUCCACCACGCGGCAGCGGCGGCGCGCGCAGCGCUGAGCCUCGACGUGGUCCUGCCGACGGUCGAGUACGCCCAGAGCCCCGAGGAGGACGCGGAGGAGACCGACGACGACGACGACGAGGCGGCGGCGGAGCUGGAGCUCACGCUCGCCGUGGGCAGCGCCACCGCCAAGAAGAGGUACAGCGGCAACGAGCACUCCCCGGGGCAGAGCUUCUCGUCGUCGUCGACGGAGUCCGACGUGCUCGUCACUGGCGUCCGGGAGUGGCAGACGCACGGCGGCGCGACCGCGGACGCGUCCUCGCCGCCGUACCGCCACAAGCGGAGGCCGGCGGCGGCGUUCGACGUAGUGCAAGUCGACGACGGCGGCGUGCAGCAGCCAACACCGCCGCUGCUGUUCCACUGGCUCAGCCUCCGGAUGGCAUGAGACGAGACGAAGGAGAAGCAAUCGGUGCAUGCAUAGACUUGUCUCAUGGCCGGGCGGCGUAAGCCAGCCUGCUGCUGGCUUGUCGUCGUCGAGCCGUUGUACCAUGUGUUUUUUGCUUUUGCUUCCAACUUGGUGAUGGAAAUCAAGUCUAGAAAAAUAAGUUAACUUGUAGCCGAGGAGAACGAAGAGGAAGCAUCUACUUUCCAAAAGAGAAGGAGAAAUGAGAAUGUAGUAGCAGCAUUUCAUAUGAAGUUUUUAUGGCUAGCUCCCGGGCCCUGUUCUUUUCAGACAGAGUAUUGAUUAUGAAUUAUAAC